AUGGUUAACUUGUUAAAGAGACGUCUAGGAGCUGUAGAUUGGUCGACCACGUUUGCGGUAACCCUCGACUCUAUUUGGCAUCGUCGAAACAAAUUCAUCUUCCAGAAUUCUUCUAUCUCAGCUGACCAAAUGGCUUCGGAGAUAAGAGCUAGAGUUUCAUCGAUUACUUCAGGCUCACCAUGUUUAGUCACAAGGAUUGAUCACCCAGCCGACCACUCUGAUGGAGUCUGGAGGUGCCCCCCAGCAGGGUACAUUAAGCUUAAUGGGGAUGGAGCGGUAGCCAAUAACGGCCAUGGCUACUGCGAAGGAAUUGUUCGGGAUUCAGAGGGCAAAUUCAUUAUUGCCUUUGCAAGAGCUCUAGGACAAUGCUCGGUUAUCCAGUUUGAAUUAUGGGCCAUACUUCAAGGGAUUCGUAUGAUUCAAGCUCAUAACUUAGGCUGGCAAGUGCUAGUUGAAACAGACUCCGUGGAGGCAGUUAGAUUGAUCGAAGAAGGUUGUGAUAGAGACUAG